AGUUUUUUGCGCUCAACGCUCGUUGUACGGAACCGAAAAAGCGUUCGUCGCCAAAUCUCGAAUCACAUAAAAAACAUAAACAAAUCCCGUGGCUGGAUACUUUUCAUAAAAUAAUAAUAUAUUUUUGUUCUGUUGUAAUCGUUUUGCGGUUUUGGGCUGUAAACCAGCAAAAAGUCAAGCAAAAUACCCGAUAGUAGAUAGUCUGGUAAACAGCUCUUGGAGUUCUCUCGCUUCUCGUCGCGUUUCCGCGAUUGUAGCCCCAGUCGUCGUUUUCGCCUCCGUCUUCGUCACCAGCGUUGUUGAUUCUGAUACCGAUUCCGAUUCUGAUUCCAAUUCCGAUUCCCAUUCCGAAUCCCACUCCGAUUCUAAAUGCGAAUAAAGUAAAGUUGGUGCCCAACUGCCCAUCCAUUGUGAGUGCCAGUGGGUCAGAGUGUGUGUGAGAUGUAUCUGUGUGUGCCAAAUCCGAAAAGCAAAUAGCCAAAAGUCUUGGCUGGUGGCGACAACCAUGUGAAGUGAUUACCAUAAGCACCGAAAUUGAAUCGAAACCUCAAGAAAGUAUACACAACGCAGUAUCUGGUGGAUGUUGGAUAUCUCACUCGGCCAAUCUGCGAUCGCCUAUAUAAUGUAUGCAACGUUCGCGAACUGCCAGAAUUGGUUGUUGUUGCAGUUGCAGCCAAAGGACUUGUGGAUUUUGGACCAUAACUGAGACUUCGGCGUGCAUAGGUGCACCAGAGUUGCAAGCGACCAUGCGCGCAUGGCUUCUACUCCUCGCAGUGCUGGCGACUUUUCAAACGAUCGUUCGAGUUGCUAGCACCGAGGACAUCUCCCUGAGAUUCAUCGCAGCCAUAGCGCCUCCUCCUAAGAUAUUACAGCAGCCGCAGCCGCAGCAGAAGCAGCCAGCUGGACCGCAACAAACAGCAUUAGCAAAAGCAUUUAAUCCAUUCAACGAACCGCUCUACACCAGCAGUGAUAGUGAUAAAAGCCAUCUGAGUAAAAGUCUAAAGAGCAACAAAAACAAGGCUAAGAAACCUAGCAAAAGUGACGCGAACCGACAGUUUAACGAAGUGCAUAAACCAAGAACAGACCAAUUAGAAAAUUCCAAAAAUAAGUCUAAACAAUUAGUUAAUAAACCCAACAAAAUGGCUGUCAAGGAGCAGAUGAAAACUAAACAAGUUAAUCAAAACAAAAAGCAACAGGAGCCACCAGCUCCCAGCACAGAAUCUCAUCAAUCGACGGCUGAGUCUAGCGUCAUGGAGCACCUAGAGCCAGAACCAGAGCCCGUCCUGGUCCUGGACAAGGAGGUGGCCUCCAUCAAGGUGCCGGCCAAUGCCGAGGCCAUCAUCGCCGAGAAGGGGCCGUCCACCUACAGCAAAAAGGAACUGAUCAAGGACAAGCUCAAGCCGGAUCCCUCCACUCUAGUCGAGAUCGAGAACAGCCUGCUCUCGCUUUUCAACAUGAAACGCCCGCCGAAGAUCGAUCGCUCCAAGAUAAUCAUCCCGGAGGCAAUGAAGAAGCUCUACGCCGAGAUCAUGGGCCACGAGCUGGACUCGGUCAACAUCCCCAAGCCAGGACUACUGACUAAGUCGGCAAACACAGUACGAAGUUUUACACACAAAGAUAGUAAAAUCGACGAUCGAUUCCCUCACCACCACCGGUUUCGGCUGCACUUUGACGUCAAAAGCAUUCCCGCCGAAGAAAAGCUGAAGGCCGCGGAGCUUCAGCUGACGCGAGACGCACUCAGCUUCCAGGCGGUGGCCAGGUCGACGUCUGCCAACCGGACACGGUACCAGGUGCUCGUUUACGACAUCACCCGGGUGGGGUUGCGGGGUCAGCGGGAGCCGAGCUACUUGCUUUUAGACACCAAGACGGUGCGCCUGAACAGCACGGACACGGUCAGUCUGGACGUCCAGCCGGCCGUGGACCGGUGGUUGGCGGAGCCGCAGCGGAACUUCGGACUGCUGGUGGAAGUGCGGACCGUCCGCUCGCUGAAGCCGGCGCCGCACCCCCAUGUGCGUCUGCGUCGCAGCGCGGACGAGGCGCACGAGCAGUGGCAGCACAAGCAGCCACUAUUGUUCACCUACACGGACGAUGGGCGGCACAAGGCGCGCUCCAUCCGUGACGUGUCUGGGUCGGAGGGCGGUGGCAAUGGGGGCGGAGGUGGCAAGGGCGGAAACCGGAACCGUCGGCACCAUCGACGCCGCAAGAACCACGACGACACCUGCCGGCGCCACUCGCUCUACGUGGACUUCUCCGACGUCGGUUGGGACGACUGGAUUGUGGCGCCACCAGGCUACGACGCGUACUACUGCCACGGCAAGUGCCCCUUCCCGCUGGCCGACCACUUCAACUCGACGAACCACGCGGUGGUGCAGAUGCUGGUCAACGACCUAAACCCCGGGAAGGUGCCGAAGGCGUGUUGCGUUCCCACCCAGCUGGAGAGCGUGGCCAUGCUGUACCUCAAUGACCAAAGUACGGUGGUGCUGAAGAACUACCAGGAGAUGACCGUGGUGGGGUGCGGCUGUCGAUAGAUUCGAGUGGCCAGCGACCGGCAGCAGGAACCGGAGCCGGUUCCCAGAUUGAAGAGAUAGCGAGAGCGAGAGAGCAUCAAAUGCUGUUUGGUUCCAAGCCGUCAAUGCUUUAAACACAACGCAAACAAAAUGGACUGAAUAUUUGAAUUUUAAGUGUAAAUCGUUAGACUUUAAUCGUAACGUACGAGUAUAUAUCAGGCUGCAGCCA